GGUUUCUUCAAAGGGGGUCAGGAAUUUUAACCAACGUUUGAUUAAUAUCAGCUCAUUGUUUACAAUAGCUAGAACAAUAUUGAAUAACGAUGUCUUCGGCUACCUCCAUCAUUGGUUAACAAUAAACAUAUGAUUUUAUAAAAUUUGAUCUUUUCAAUGGUUAAUUUGAAUCAUCAAAUCAGAAAGAAACAACCAAGCACUUCAAAAGUCUAUAUAAACCAGACAAUUUUCAGUUAGAUUUGAUCAACUACCUUGAAUCAGAAGAUGAGGUGAUUGUUGAUUACACUUUUGACGUAAAUGACUGUAUCAUAGAAAUUGAAAUUUGAUUCAAUGAGAUAUUGUUGUUUUCUUCAUCUGAACCAUUUUAGAUUCACUUUUUCGUCAAGUCUAUCUGUACUACUUUAUUCGAUCAUCGUGUUGCUUUACAAAUUCCUUGAAUGUCAAGAUAUCUGUGAAGAACGUGAAUUGUUGAACUAUCACGAAAUAGUUGUUGAAAACGAUUCAUACCAUUAUUCUCUUCAUUACCAAUAUUCACAAAGGAUUCGUUUUGAUCAGCCUCAUCCGAUUGUGAGUGGCAGUUUUGUUAAAAGUGAUCGUUUUGGAUCUGUUGGACCGAAAUUCUCGCCUAAAUUUUACGAUAAUGACGUCAUUACGAUUGAGAACUUUAAGAAGAAGAAUGAAUUUGGAUCACGGAUGAUGGCAACCGAACCACUGGGAGAAGUUAAAUAUUCGAUAGACGCCAGAAUACAUAAAGUAGAGCUUUUGAAUGGAGAGGAAUUACUCGCCAUCAGAUGGUUUAUUAAAAGCCAGAAAAAUAUUGCUCCAGAUUCCUACACAAUUUGAGCAACAUAACAGCGGAGGAGAAAUGUUCCGUCAAUUCCAGUGUGAAAUGCCUGUUUUACAUCAGUUACUUAUCCCUCAAAAAUGGGCGAAAACUGGAGCGUUGGUGGAGUUUGAAGUAAUCGGAACAUACUGUCCGAAAUACAGUACACCAGAAACAUGCCAAAAUGAACAAACAAAGAAUAAACAAUGCUUCUGGUGUGCGAAAGCUGAAAGAUGUAUUGAAAGUAGCGAUCACGAUACACAUGACUUGAAAGUUAAUGAUUGCCGUGUCGAGAAGAUCUCCGAGAUUAAUGAAUUGAGAACACCAACACCCACUAUUCCAAAUGGAAGCACUUUGAUGAGCACCGAACUUCAGUUAAAAGAAAAUCUCAAUGAAACUAUCGAAGGAACCGGUCAAGACGCGGUAAAUGUUUAAUAUUUUGUAAUUUAUGUUACUUUUUCGUGUGACAAGGCUAAUAGAUUUAUUGAAAGUAAUGAUCACGAUACACAUGACUUGAUAGUUAAUGAUUGCCGUGUCGAGGUAACUACUUGUUAAACUUAUCAGGUUGUUUUCAAUGUCACCAAGUUCCACAUUGCGAGUAAAUACACUUACUCGAAAGAAUAUUUUAUUUCUAUCAAUAAGAACUGACGUAUAUUCUACUCUGAGUGACUAAACUAUAGCUUUCUAUACAUUGACCAUUUCUAAUCAGAUACAAGUAGCAUGCUCUAGUUGCAGGGAAACAGUUAACAAUGGAUUUAUUCACAAUUUGGCAUCAAUGCUUGAAAUCAUUAUAAUUUUUCAGUUCAUUCAAUGUGUAUGAUGUUUUGAGAAUCAGGUAGAUUUAGUCAACUCACAUUGUUGAAAUCCUGAACAAGGAUUUCUGAUUCUCUAUUGAGAACCUGGAUAGAUUGUUUCAAUAAAGCUGUUAAUGUUUAGUUUAUUGAUUUAUAUUUGAAUGGUGAUUAGAUGUGAUAUCCAGAAUACAAAUUUCAUCACACAAACGAGUCGUCAAUUAGUUGUUGAAUGAUGUGUACUCAUCACUCUGAUUGCUCAAUUGGUACCACGUGUUCAAAUGAUUGUACAAAUGCAAAUUGUGAAUAACUAAUUGUGGAAUCGUCUUCUGUCAUCACUACUGACAACAUUGUAUAAUGAAUAAUUUGAUGUUAUUAUGAAAUGAAUGUUACUGUUUUAAUUAUUCAGAAGAUCUCCGAGGUUGAUGAAUUGAGUAAACCAACACCCACUAUUCCAAAUGAAAGCACUUUGAUGAGCACCGAAGUUCAGGUAACUGAAAAAGUCAAUGAAACUAUCGAGGGAACCGGUCAAGGCCCGGUAAAUAUUUAUUAUUUUCUGAUUCAUGCAACCGUUUUUUGUUUUUCUUUAGAAUGUCACAGUUGAAAUAAGCAAAGUGGAAAGUCAUAGCAAAUCAUCCGUCUACUUAUAUAUCGUGAUACCAUUAUUUGUAUCAUUAUUAUUUAUAUGUAUCUGUGGUAUUAUUUGGAGAUGGGUAUAUAAAAAGAGAAGAAGCAAUGAAUGAUUCAUAGAAGUAUCUUAUAACUCACUUCAAGUAUUCUGACAUGGUUUUUUCUAUUUGCUGUUUCAUUUGUAAACUUUAGAUUUCAUUAUUCAUUUCUGUAGUCUGUACAAUUUCUUCUUGGAAUUCUUAUACUUGAUUAUGUAAUAACAGUUGCACUUUUAUU